CCUGAAGUGCGUAAAACAAUAAACAUUCUUUAUUUGACAUUUGUCAAACUCGAGAACAGCUUCGUACCGCGCAUACAAAGUUUCUGAAAACAUAUAUUUAUUUGCCAUUGUUAUCCACUUCUUGUUAUUUAUGUGAUAGAAAAGAAAUAUCUAUUUGUAAGUCGAACCUUCUAUAAGUGAAAUCUUGCUAUUCCCUGAAUCAAGACUCCGAAACGAACAGUGCACUCCAAGGACACUUCCCCGAUCGUAACCUUCGCGGUUAUGUAGAUGUCCAUAGUUCUACGGAAUAUUGAAUCAAUCGAGCACAUACUGAUUUUAAAAGUGUGUAGUUAAAACGGUCCCGUUUGUGUUGCAACAUGAGCUCCCAUGACAAGAGAUACGAUAAAAGUGCGCCAUGGAAGUCGCAAAGUGGUAGUGGCAGAGAUUCACCGGAAAGAUAUCGUAAACGAAAUUCGGACUCGCCUACAAGACAUUAUAAUUCAUAUAAAAACCGACGAUAUUACGACAACCGUAGCUGGAACUAUUCCCCAUACGCUAAACGAUAUUCAAGCGACCACAGUCGGUACAGCAGGUACGAAAGAAAGCCGGAAACUUCCGACGACAAAAAGCAACAUGAAGGGGAAAAAUCUGAAGUCCCAACAACCGAACGAGGGACAAGGAAUUUCACCAAUAAAAGUACAUGGAGUAGUACCAGUAGCUCCCACAUCAUGCCCAACACUGAAAAGCCUCCAUGGCUCAUUGAGCAACAACCAUUGGAAACAAAUUCUGCGCUAGUUGGUACCGAAAUUUCCGCGCAAAACAAAUUUAACUUUAUUUUUCAGCACAUAAAUGCGGUUUAUAGUCAGAACGAUGAAACACAAGCGAACAGACCGAUGUCAUUCAUCGAUAGAAUUAUUGCAGAUGAAGCGAUGCGGAUGCUAUCUGCUGCUUCCUCUAGUGAGGCAACGUCACUUAAUGAACCCUGCGAAACGGCAGAUGUUGCUUCGAAUAAUGCCCCGGUCAGCGACGAAACGGAACCGUCUAAACAGGAGGAAGGAAAAGCUGUCUUUGAUAGUAAAAUUAACGAUAAAGUUGGUACGUUUAGUGCUACCAAUUCUGCAAUGCUGCAAAAAAGCGCCGAACAGGUGACUAAAAAGCUGAUUAAUCAGCUUUCCACCAUGAGCAAGUACGAUUUAAAGCACAUGAUCGAUAAUCCGGCUGGUAAAUACCAAACGGCAUUAAACAGACACGCUCAGAGCAAACUGCGAGCCGAGGUAAGGAAGCAACUGAAAAGUUUCGGUCUGGGGAAGCUCGGAAGCUCAUGUGUAACAGGCGAUGGCACCGUUGAGUCAGAUGAAGCAAUUGAUGCGGACAAAAUCCCCACUGCACUGCUAGCAAAGAUCGGUCAGGUGUUGGAUUUGGAGUUUUUCGAUUUGCCACCAACGGAAUCAUCUGAAGCUAUUGAACAGCUACCAGAUGUAGUGAAAAGCUCACAAUCGAAUAGUAUUGCGCCCGAAUCAAACGGUACGCAGGAGCCGCAAGCGUUAUUGUGUAGCACUUCAACAUCUAUCAAUAUCGAGUCUGCCGAUCAUGUUGUGGCCGAUCAAACUUUAAACGUCGCUAAAGUUUCUCGAUCUCCCCGACCCGCGAAAAACACAACUGCACCCAAUUGCUUCCCUAAAACACCAGCAGGUGGACAGAAAAUUAUUAUUCGCAAAGCCAACAAAGCAACAAUCUUAAACAAAAAAGCUGUACGCGAAGCAGUGGUAUCCACUUUGCAACCUGCAGCUAUUAAACCAUUUAUUAAGAAAAAUUUUACUGUUCAAAAUUCAAAACAAUUGUCUGAAGGAAAUAGUAAAAAUAUUGCUUCGAGUUCAACAAAGUCUUCAACUACAAAAUCUUUAGUUAUAACGCCAGUUGAAAGCUUAAAAUAUGUCUCCCAAAAUAACGGACAUGCUAUGAGUAAAGAUACCAUUACGGAUGUGCAGAUGAAUUCACUGGACAAUGUUAAUCCUACACCGGGAGAUAGAAAUUCAGGCGUAAAGAAUGGAUCUCUUUUACGAGUCAGUACAGUAGAAGAGUUAAACAGACGGCUAGAUGAACGUCCCGGUAAAAACCCCGUUGAAAUUGACCAAGAAUUUGACCAACGAAAUGUGAUACCGGAAAGAGGGCUAACACGUGCGAAUAUUUCAAAUGCCAGUGAUCAGUCAGCAAGCAUGGAUGCUAACCUGGAUUCUAUCGCAUCUUCAACAGAUGAAAUACGUAAUUUGAAUGGUACAAAUCAUCCAAGCGUUGAAAUGCUUACACAAGCUGCGGAAUGUACAGCUGAGAAUAGGGCUAAUGCUGGCCAUCUGCAAAUUACCCACAAUCACAACAAUAAUGCUAAUCGAUCCCAGAGUCCUGCCUUAUCCAUCGUGCAACAUCAGAAGCAACUAAAUUGCCAAAAUGUUCCGCCGCGUAUGAACCAAACCGAACCUGUAAACAACACGAAUGCGGAUAUAAGUAAAAAGAUAAAAGCGGUGUUGUUAGAAUAUAUGGCGAACAAAAAUCAAGCACAAACGAGCAUAGAUCAAGCUGUUGAAAUUGAAAACACUGCCCAGGCGCAAAAUACAACGCCAAAAGUAAAUGAAGAUGAACCGAUGGCACCAGUUACGCAGGGUGUACUACCCGAUCUUAGUUUCCCAGUACUUAGUUCUUCAUUUAAGAAACGCAAGAGACCAAAAAAGCGAAAAUUUUCUCCUGCCAAGGUUCUAAAAAUGGAUGUGCAAACAUGCGGAACAGCUGUGACCGAUAAUGGUCAAAUCAAUAUUCCAUCCUGGACUGCAAAUUUGGGGGAAAAAGGGGAGAAAGGUAAGGCGAGUCUUUUUGCAUCCACAAAUAACACCGGUAAUGCAAACAAUGCAUCGGCUGAGUCUCUUACGAGUGCAACGGAGUGGAGUUCUUCACUUCAAUCGGCAGAAGUUCUACCAAACGAAGAUCAUAUACUGAACAAUGCUUACGAUCAGUAUUUAGGCAAUAGUCUUGCCGAUCGCGCACCGGAAACCAUGGAACAGCCAACCCGUAUUACUAUUGCAAACGUUUGUUCGAUCUCGGGUUCAGAAGAUGUGAGUACAUCGGCAACGGUCGUAACAGAAAAUGCGGCGAAUGCAACCGCCGAUAAGAAUAGGCUCGAUUUACAGUUAACACAAGCAAUAUCUCUUGCUAAGCCAAAAGACGAAACUACAACAUCUCCACAUUCAGUACAAAGGAUACCAAAUUUUGCGCCUUUGGACGAUUGUUCCGAUGGAAACGUGCACGCCUGGAAUCUCUCAACCGAAUCGAUCGCGGAAAGUAAGGAAGGAAUAGAAAGGAUUGUAUUGCCACAACCGGUCACUGGUAAAUCGUCCGAGGAAUACAUCUUGGGUGGAGAUUCCGAGGAUAACUGUGUCCCUAACCAGCCAUCGCUUGACGGUUUGUCUACUCGCCCAGGCGACCAGGCGCAAUUUGUUGCUAAUCAUUCCUCAGCUCCUUCAUUACCUACUCCACAUAUUGCCACAUUGCAGGCUUUGUGUGAAAAAACCGAAGAAAUGCAAUCCGUCGAGGCACAAGUGAUGGAAUUGCACAAACGCAAGACACAAAUAGACGCCAUAUUCAUGCAGCUGCACGCGGAACGGAUGGACAUCGAUCAGCAGUUGGAAAGACUGCAUCAUAUGCGCAGUCUGCAGAUAAACUUAAUGCGGCUCAAUUUGCUCGAACUGAUAUCGCCCAAUGGCUCCAAUGAGUCCAUAAUGCAAGUUCCGUCGCCCGUCACGUCUGAUUCUGGCACGGGUUCGAAUGGUAUAUCGGUGAAGCAAACGAUCCAGUCUGGGCAGAUUAGUGGACAGACAGGUGUACGGCAGCAGGAACGCACCAUACGUCGAAUCACACCGAUCUGUGGUGAUGCAAUAAAAAUUUUCCAACGCCGUCGUGCACCGUCCGAACGGUCAGCGGAAUCAAAUCUACCUGUCGUGGAUCAAGCGUAAACUUUAAUGCAACAUAUUUAUGAUUGAUAAUGUGUUGUGAUGUUUUUUUUCCUAAUUUUGUGAUAAACCUGUUUAGCGGAAUAGAAGUAACCGUACCAUAAAUUUUACCGGGAGCUGAAGGGUUAUCCCGCAUACGCUGAGCACCAGGACAUGUCCAACGGUACUUGGUCCACCUGGUCGAAAUAUAAUCACACAAUAUUUUAAAUCUUCCGGGAACUUCGAAAAGUCACGGAAACUAUACAAAAACAGUGUAAAAUAAAGAAAAUGACUUUGAAUAA